UCUGUUUCCAAGUCAUGUGACUCAGAUGUUUUUAACCAAAUACUUAGUUAAGGAGAACUUGGAAGUCAUAGUGCUAUUACUUUCAUGUGUGUGCAUUUUGUCAUUGACAUUAGCAGUGUCUUCAACCCCACAACAGAUUCUCACUGUGGACAAGCCUAAGCCCAAGGAUGUCUCCAGUCCUCCACAAGUCAAACAACAACAAAAAGGCCAGGCCAACCAAGCAACUAAUGGCUCUGUGCCCACGGCCUCCGUUGCUACUUCUUCUUCUCCAGCACUUUCCUCCACCAAUAACGUCGUUACCCAGGCCGCAGCUCCAGCUCAAUCUCUAGCUCCAGUACGAGCAGCGGAUUCCCAGAAUGGCUCUAAUGACGGCUUUUCAUCUCACAGCCGUGGUCAGACUUCUGAAAGCGGGCGGUCGCCUCCUUCCGCAUCAAGCAUCCGUCGGUAUGACUCCAAAAGCCUGCUGUCUGACAACUCCAUUGCUUCUUCACGUUUUGACAUUUCAGACGGAGCCUCGUAUCCAGAGGCCAUCAGGAAACAUAAGGGUUCUUUUGGAGAGAUCCACCUGACUGUGCGCUAUGCCACCCUGAGAAACAAACUCAUCAUCCUGGUUAAUGCAUGCAGGUACGCCAGAGAAA